UCGAUAUAUAUGCGUGAGAAUCAUAUGUGAUCAUAUGAUCAUACCUUUAGAUUAAAGUGAUAUUGGAAAGUGAAUGAUAUUAGUAUGAAAAUGUUGAAAAUAUUCGUAUGCUUAGCAGCAGCAAUUGUGGCAGUGUCUGGAGCUGGUGAACUCAUUAUUCUCCACUCGCCAAGUUCAGUGGAGUUCAGCAGCCAGAAACAAGUAGCUGAGAGCUUAGUGAAGGAGAUAUUUUCAGUCUGCCUGGGAUUCACAGUGACAAAGCAUAGUGACUGGCCAGGAUUAUCUGUGUCAAAUCCUUUCUCCUUUGCUGAAGCAGCAGUUGUGGUGGUAGUUGAUGGGGUGUCCAGCCUCGGAUUGAAGGAGGGUCACCACUAUCCACUCAUCACAGAUGAGGAUGAAUCUGUGAUCUGGCAGUCUAUGCAUGAUCGUAUCUUGAGCCGUUACCCAGGCCAGAAUGCCACGUUACUGAGGAUGGAUCUUGCAGAGGAGGGAAAGCCAUAUCAUAGUUUGUUUGGUGAUUCUGAGGGUACCCACACAAACUGGACUGUCAGCUACUUGGACCCAACUGUGUCCGAAGAUAAACAGUUCCUUGAUGAAAUGAGGGUACUCAGCAACAUUUCAAAAUUGGUGGAGUCUGGACUUGUAUACAGGGAUGGCGUGCCUGAUGUCUACUGGAAAGUGGUGCGCUCAUUGCACCCUGUCAUUGAUUUACAUGGUCCUGAUUCUGGGGCUGCCAAAGAAGCGAAGCAAAUUCUCCAAAAUGUGAUACACAUCAUCAAGAAAGCUUAUGUUGCUGCCUACCAGAGCCGGGUUCUUGUUGCCGUGAUCAGCAGUGAUGUUAGUCACACACGAAGGACUCGCAGCCUCAUGGCAGAAACAGAGAAUCAGCAGUCAGACAUGAAUCUCGCCCCAGAGUACAGCGCAGAGUACCCAGUUAUCUUCAACAUCAUGCUUUGGUUCAGCAUUGCUUUUACAUUUUCUCUUCUUGCAAUUUCAUUGUUCAUUGCUGACAUGGAUCCAGGACGUGACUCCAUCAUCUACCGCAUGACAAGUACCCGUAUGAAGAAGGACAACUAGAUUUGAGUUCACAUUCCUGUGUUGUGCGUUGUUUCCAGUGUUCAGUAUGUUACAUGACGUGUCUUGUUUUCAUAAAUUGUAAAUGUGUCACAGAAAUUGUUAUCUGAUAAGAAGAAAAUGGACUGAUUGUUUCAUAUUGAUAUCAAAUACCUUCAAAAAGGAAGGUUUCUGUGGUUUUAAGUUGCUGAUACAGAUUGUAAGGUUCUCUGGUACGUGGAGUAGCUUCCCCUAGUUAGACCAUUGUUCUAGCAAGUAGGCCAUCUUUCUUUCUUAGUGUAUUUUCAUGGGGCUGUUCAGAAAGUGAGCUGUUAAGAAAGCAAGCAAUGACAAAAAAUUAUUAUAUACACGAAAUAUGUACGUACUUAAGCGACUUCUCAACAUAGUCACCACCAGAACUCAGGCACUUGUCAUAUCGGGGAAUAAGGUAUUAUAUGCCUCUUUCAGAGAAGUCUGCCACCUGUGAGCUCAGCCACGUUUUGUAUUACAAAACAAAAGAAAAAGUAUGAGGCCAUUCAGAACAAAAGGCAUGGAAUGCUGACAUCUGGUGUAGUGCUCCUCCAUGGCAAUGUGUGUCUGCAUAGAGCUGCUCACAUUCAAGCACUGCUGGAGCAUUUCAAGUGAGAGUUGCUUGACUGCUCAUGUUAUAGCCCAGAUCUCACUGACUACCACCUGUUUACCUACCUGAAGAACUGGUUGGGAUCACAGUGCUUCAUCAGUAAGGAGGAGUUGAUGGAAGGUGUUAGAACGUAUGUGGCUGAGCUCACAGGCAGCAGAAUUUUUUGACCCAGGCAUACAAAAACUUAUUUCUCGAUACAAGUGUCUCAUUUCUGGCAAUGACUACGUUGACAAGUAGCUUAAGUAUGUACAUAUUUUUUGUGUAUACUACUUUUUCUUGUUUCUUGCCUGUUUUAUUUACAGCUCACCAGAGGUUACUUUCCGAAUAGCCCUCAUAAAUAAUGCGUAAUGGUAGAGUGAGCAUAUGUUAACUGUUUGAGCUCUGUGCUGAGUUGUUUGUAUGUAUGCUUAUACCAAGAAUAUGCCUGUCAGUGGCAUGUUGAACUUCCAGAUCGUGUCAAAGAAGGUUCAGAUUUGACCCAAAUGGCACCACACACAUUCCAGUUCCCAUUAGUAGGGAGCAGCAGAUAUUGCAUUAGUGUGACAGAUUAGGCAGUGUGAGCUGGAUCCUGCCAUAGUGGCAUGUCACAUGGACCUUUACCCAGGUCUGCACAGAUUCAGGAUGCUGGGUUGCCAUCAUGCCUGCAGGAUUCCUGAUGGCAAUCUUGAAUUUCUUCUCUUAUAUUAGUACUAAUACAUGACCUCUCAGAGAUAACACACAAAAUAAUUUCUUUCUUCCUUCAUAUCUAUCUCCUUCCCUCUUUCGCCAUUUUUGCUUUUCAAGUCCCUUUACCCUUAUUGCUUUCUGAAUCAUUUCACCCUUAUUGCUAUCUCAACACUUUUAUUUGUCCAUCCUAUUGAAAUCCUUGGAUCCUACCAGCAGAUGGGGUAGAUAGAUUGGGAUUUUCCCUCUAGCCUAGUAAUGAUGUGUUGCAUGUCUCUGAGCGUGACAGGAACUGGCUGUUAUUCAUAUGUAGGUGUUUCAUUAUCCUUUUGUUAAUAAAAAGAAGCAAAUUUCUAGCCCAAAGUAUCUUGUUCUUUCUUCUAGCUCCUAAUUUUUUUGAGGUGGCUUCUAGAUUAUAUCAAAUUUGUGCAGGUCUGGCUUUACCUUUGGUGAUGUAAAGGAUUAAGCAUUUUAUGCUCACAAACCUCAGUCUUCACCUGAUCCCUUUACCAGGGAUCAUUCUUGAUUUAUCUUAUCGGAAAUGAUAAAAUGUGACACACUUCCGAAAUGGAUCCAAUUACACCUUAUUGAGGGGAGGCCAGAUAGGUUUGGUUAAGGCUGUGCUUGGAGACAUUGAUUCACACAAACAGACCUUCCAGGUCCAUACAUUGGGAAGACAUGAGAUGUAAACCGACAUAUGAUAAAUAUUUGAGAUCAUUGUGAGGGAGAGAGAAACAUUGAUCCUUUAUUAAAAAAAAUAUGAAAUACAUUCUAACAUUGCAGCAAGGUCAGGAAUUUUGUGUUAUCCAUGUUUUAGUCUUGUAGUUUUAUAUGUGUUGGGGGGGAGGGGGCAGGGUCUUGGUCAUUUGAAAGCAACAAAUAUAAAUUGUAUAAUCUUGUAGCUUGCAUCCUGUGGUAAAUUAACUUCAUAAUUGCAGUAUUUGUUUGAAUGUAGUUGUAUAUUGUUCAGUUGUAAAUAUUCAUUGUUCAUAGUAUCAGUCUGUAGAUAUUCUGUACAAUAAUGUAAAUAUUUAGUUACUCAAAUAAAACACUUGAACAGAUUGUUUUCUUGUU